AUGCUCUGGGUUUUAAACAGCAAAGCAUGGCCUGUGUUUCAAAUAGAGGGUAGGGCUCAGCCUUCUUCUCUUUUCAUUUUGCUAAGAAAUGAUGAGAUUCCUGUGAUGGAUGUCCUCAAUGAUACCGACUUGUCAUUGAUUCACAAUGCCAAAACUUUUGAAGAUAUUGCCUUUCUAUGUAUUGUGACAGCUAUCGUUGCAGAGCACUCAUAUUUUCUGUGGAAACAGAAUCCUUCAGAGUCUUCUGCCCCCUUCAAAUUAGCCAUUGAAAAGUUCAACUUGUCUGCUGACUUGGCAAAAAUUAAAACUGCCAUUAAGGAAGCCUCUCAUUUGGAAACCAAUGAUCAAAAAUAUGCAUUUGUAAAGAUUGCUCUAGAAAAUCGUCUUCCUUUAUAA